AUGACAACGCUGCGUGAAUGUAUUUCUAUUCAUGUCGGCCAAGCCGGAGUUCAGAUUGGAAAUGCAUGCUGGGAACUCUACUGUCUAGAACAUGGCAUCCAACCUGAUGGUCAGAUGCCCAGCGACAAGACAAUUGGUGGUGGUGACGAUUCAUUUAACACUUUCUUCAGCGAAACUGGGGCCGGGAAACAUGUUCCCAGAGCAGUAUUUGUUGAUCUUGAGCCAACAGUUGUAGGUAAUUUACCACGUGGCCUACUUCCUACCUAA